AUAAGCUAUAUACUAAUUGAAUUGACUUAUCAAAAUAAGUUAUAAGCUAAUAAAGAUAAGCUAUUAACAAAAUUAGAGGUUGUGGCGACGUAGACGAUGAGUUUGUUGAGUUAGGUUAGGUUGAGGUGGAGAUGGAGAAUGAGAAUGUGUGAAUUUGAAGGUUUAAAUUGGAGUUUGCGUGGACACCAUGGUGAUGCUGAUGUAGAGAAGAAGCAAAUAGAAAUGAAGAAUUAAAAUAAGCUAUAGGCUAAUUGAAUUGACUUAUCAAAAUAAGUUGUAAUCUAGUAAAGAUAAGCUAUAAACAAAAUUAGAUUAGCAGACUUGCUUUGAUCGAGAAAGGAAGGGGGAAGACCGUUGGAGGAAACAAUUAUGUCACCAGAGGUUGCGGCGACCUAGAGGAUGAGUUUGUUGUAGUGGUGGGAGGUGAAAGGUGGAUUUAUUGGGAAGAAGAGAGUAGUUGAAUUAGGUUGUGGUUGAGAUGGAGAAUGAGAAUGUGUGAAAUUGAAGCAAAUUGAAAUGAUGAAUCAUUGGUGCUGUGGCGGCGGAAGCUUUGAGUGUUUGUAAAAUAGAAAAACUUUGUUACCAAAGGCAUAGAAUUUUAUCUAAAACAAUUGUAAACUAAUCCAAUUAUCAAACUUAUAAAUUAAUUCUUUAUAUUUACAGAAAAGCAAAUAUCAAGGAUUUCUGCUUGGAUAUUUGUUGAUUUAUGAAUUAGUUCCUUGAGGUAAGUUUAUUCAUUUUGUGCGGUGUCUUGGUUGUAUCUCAUAAUGAAAGUUUCCUUGGCUUUUCCAAAAGCAAAAUCAAAACAAAACAAAAAAAUCAAACAGAGCCUAAAGAGGAGCUAAGCCCAAGUGUCCCCAUAGAUUCCUUCAUAACUAAGAUUACAACCAUGAGAGAAAAAAAAGUGCACACAUUUUCUUUUUACAUGUCAUUGCCUUUAAAAAAAGGAAGGGAUAAAAAAGUACCAAAUGUCCACCAACUAUGAAAGACCAAAAAUCAACACAUCAAACCACCAACGAUUCUACAAUUUCUCAUCAAAAGGUGCAAUGGAGCCUCUGACGAUUUCAAACUCUAAAUUGCUUGAUUGCUGCAAUUGUUUUCAACCUCUAAGUAUUCCUGUCUUUCAGUGUGAUAAUGGUCAUAUCGUUUGCUCUACCUGCUGUCCUAAACUUAGGAACAAGUGUCACAAGUGCUCAUUGCACAUUAGCUCAAAACGUUGUAUAGCCAUUGAGAAUCUAUUGCAAUCUAUCGAAAUGUCAUGUCUGAAUGCAAAACAUGGUUGCAAGGAGAAAAUAAGUUACACCGGAAAUAGGAAGCAUGAAGAAGAAUGCAUCUAUGUACCAUGUUACUGUCCCCUUUCAGGUUGUGACUUUGUUGCGUCAUCAGAAGUGUUGUCCAACCAUUUCAGCCAUAAACAUGGGGAUUCUCAAAUCGAAUUUUCUUAUGGUCACUCCUUCAUUGUCUCCUUGAUGUCUAAUGGUGAAACCAUUGUUCUUCAAGAGGAAAAUGACGGAAAACUAUUUAUUCUAAAUAACAAUACUAUGAGUUUGGGAAAAGCAGUCAAUAUUUGCUGCAUUGGUCCUAACUCUUCUGGGUCCGAGUAUAGUUAUGAUAUAUCGGCUAAGUCUGAGAUAUGCAAACUGAAAUUACAGUCUUUUGCGAAGAACGUCCAACAGUUUACUUUAGCAACUCUUUCAUCAGAGUUCCUUGUGAUUCCAUUUCGUUCUUCUGAACCUCUCAAGCUAGACAUUUGCAUAACCCCCACGAUGCAAAUCUACGUGAUGACCCAAACUGGAAAGGUGAUCCCCAUAGGGGUUAAGAGUUCAGACACAAUAGGCAAUGUGAAGGAGAAGAUUUUCGACAAGAAUAAAGAUUACCAAGUACACGUGCAACGUCUGAUCUUUGCCAGUAAGCAAUUAGAUGACAGCCUGACCAUUGCCAAUUGCAACAUCCAAGAGAGGUCAACCCUCCACCUCGUCAGCCGCCUCAUCGGAGACUAGAUGACCACUGCGCCAUCAUCACCAAUUACUAAAUCCAAAAGCAGGCAAUCAUCCACCUCAUCAUCUGCCACUGUCGGCAACCCUUGUCAUGAAGACAAUCUCCCUAUAAGUAGAGAAAUAAUACAUUACUGUUUUUUCUGUUUUGUCUUGAGCUGUAUAAGAUUUAUGUUCUAUUAAGGAUUUGACUUUGUUGUUUUUGUUUUUUUGCGAUCAAUGUUAAACGGUUGGUAAACUGUAAGUUGCUAAGCCAUAGCGACCGAUUCUGUAACUGCUUUGGAACAAUCGAUUUUGUGACGACUUUUAGAGACUG